GAGCAUGCGCUAUUCCUUGAGUUCGAGCGUGGCCAUUUUACAGCUGAACUGUGACUCACGUGAGCCCACAGUGUUGAUUGUUAUUUAGGAAAAUUUUUUUUUAAAUUUCUUAAGGGGGACUUUUUUUUAGCAGAUUUGAGAUCGAACGUCGCCCAAAAUGGAUGCAAAUAAACUUAUCGAAAUUCUUCGAGCCACUAUGGAUCCUAAUCAGAGAGAGGCUGCAGAAAAACAAUUAGAACAAGUUCACAAAAUCAUUGGCUUUGCACCUUCGCUACUCCAAGUGGUGAUGAUGAACACAGUAGAGCUUCCCGUGAGACAGGCUGGCGUCAUUUACUUGAAGAAUAUGAUAGCUCAAUUUUGGCAAGACAAAGAGCAAGAACCAGGAAAACCAUUAGUUUUCUCCAUACAUGAACAAGACCGAGCCAUGAUAAGAGACUCCAUUGUGGACGCCCUUGUUUAUGCUGCCGAUCUCAUUAGAGUGCAGCUAGCAGUGUGUGUAAGCAAUAUUGUAAAACAUGACUUUCCUGGUAAAUGGACUGGAAUUGUUGAUAAAAUAUCUGUCUACCUUCAAAUGAAUGACACAAAUGUAUGCAUGGGAGCUUUACUUUGCCUCUACCAGUUGGUCAAAAAUUUUGAAUACAAGAAUUCUGAAGAACGUGGACCUCUGAAUGAAGCAAUGAACAUGCUUCUGCCUAUGAUCUAUCAGCGUUGUGUUCAAUUAGUUCAUGAUCCCUCAGACGUAUCUGCUCUACUCCAGAAGCAGAUUCUAAAGAUUUUCUUUGCUCUUAUCCAGUACUUCUUACCCCUCAAUCUCAUCACAAAGGAUGUCUUCUCACAAUGGAUGGAAUUGCUUAGAAAUGUUGUAGACAGGCCAAUACCAGAGCAAACCACUACAUACGAUGAAGAAGAACUGGCUGAGCUCUCUUGGUGGAAGUGUAAAAAGUGGGCUCUACACAUCCUUACUAGGGUUUUUGAAAGAUAUGGCAGUCCUGAUAGUGUGUCUCCUGAAUAUCAGGAGUUUUCCAAAUAUUAUCUGAAAACAUACACAGCUGGUAUAUUGGAGGUUCUUUUGAAAUUGUUAGAUCAAUACAGGCAGAAAGUAUUUGUAUCACCUCGAGUUUUGCAGCUAGCUCUCAAUUAUAUUAAUGAGGCAGUAUCUCAUUCAUUUUCAUGGAAGCUGCUGAAACCCCAUAUGCUGACAAUUGUUCAAGAUGUUGUAUUUCCUCUCAUGUGCAGUACAGACAAAGAUGAAGAGCUUUGGACUACAGAUCCACAUGAAUACAUUAGACUCAAAUUUGAUGUAUUUGAAGAUUUCAUAUCUCCUGUGACAGCAGCGCAAACUCUAUUGCAUUCAAUUGCUAAGAAAAGAAAAGAUAUGCUACAGAAAUCGAUGGAAUUUGUGAUGACAGUUCUUACAAACCAAGCAUCAUCACCAAGACAGAUAGACGGUGCUCUGCAUAUGGUGGGCACUGUCGCAGAUGUAUUAUUAAAGCGAAAACUUUACAAAGAUGAAAUGGAAUCCAUAUUAGUAGCAUAUGUAUUUCCACAUUUCCAGAGUGAACAUGGUUUCAUGAGAGCUAGAGCUUGCUGGGUAAUGCAUUAUUUUUGUUCAAUGCGCUUCCAAAAUGAGAUGAACCUCAUUACAGCUUUGCAACUCACACAGAAUGCACUUUUAAAUGACAAGGAGCUGCCAGUGAAAGUAGAAGCAGCUGUUGCAUUGCAGAUGCUCAUCACAAAUCAAGAAAAAGCUGAAAAGCAUCUUGAACCUCAUAUCAAACCUAUAGCAUUAGAACUGUUGAAUAUUUUACGAGAAACCGAAAAUGAUGAUUUGACUAAUGUCAUGCAGAAAAUAGUUUGCACUUACACGCAGCAGCUUUUACCUAUAGCUGUAGAAAUGACUCAACAUUUAGCUCAAACCUUUUCUCAAGUGAUUAACAAUAGUGGAGAUGAUGGCUCUGAUGAGAAGACCAUUACAGCAAUGGGCAUUUUAAAUACUAUGGACACUAUACUUUCAGUUAUGGAAGAUCACAAAGAAAUUAUGACCCAUCUAGAACCCAUUGUCCUGAAUGUAAUUGGUCUUAUUCUGACACAGAGUGUGAUAGAAUUUUAUGAAGAAUCUAUGUCUCUAAUCUAUAGUUUAUCAUCCAAUAAUAUAUCUCCUGAUAUGUGGAAAGUUUUUGAAUUAAUGUAUCAAACAUUUUUGAAAGAUGGUUUUGACUUUUUUACUGAUAUGAUGCCUGCUCUUCACAAUUUUGUCAGAGUAGAUACACAAGCCUUCGUUAGCAAUCAAAAUCACCUUCUAGCCAUUUACAAUAUGUGCAAGGCAGUGCUCAAUGGUGAAGCAGGAGAAGACGCAGAAUGCCAUGCUGCCAAAUUGCUUGAAGUAGUCAUUUUACAAUGUAAAGGAAUGAUUGAUCAGUGCAUUCCUUCUUUUGUUGAAUUGGUACUGGGUAGGCUUACAAGAGAAGUAAAGACAUCAGAACUUAGGACCAUGUGUUUACAGGUUGUAAUAGCAGCUUUGUACUACAAUCCAAAUCUCCUAUUAGAAACAUUAGAAAAAAUUCACAUGCCUAAUACAACAGAGUCCAUAACAUCACACUUCAUCACACAGUGGGUGCAUGAUACAGAUUGCUUCCUUGGUCUGCAUGAUAGAAAAAUGUGUGUGAUGGGUUUGUGUACACUUAUUUCUACUCCUCAACUGAGGCCUAAAGUGAAUAAUGAAGUUGUACAGAAGAUUGUUCCAUCCAUGCUGCUAUUAUUUGAUGGACUCAAAAGGGCUUAUGCAUAUAAAGCACAAGAGGAAGAAGGUGAAUCAGAAAGUGAAGAAGAAGAAGACUUUGAUCCAGAUGUUCUUGGCAGUGAUGAAGAUGAUGUGAAUGAGGAUUUUCCUGAACUUAAUAAAAUAUCUCGCGAAAUCAAAAAGAAGUCCCCCUUCCCUGUCACAUCUUCAAACAUUGUUGAUGAUGAUGAAGCUACAGAUGAUGAAGAAUAUGAGGAAGCAGAAGAGACAGCACUGGAAGGUUAUUCCACCCCUUUAGAUGAUGAAGAAACAAAUAUCGAUGAAUAUGUCAUAUUUAAGGAAGUCAUGAAUGGGUUAAAAACUGUUGAUCCCAAUUGGUAUAAUAUUCUGACAUCUCACUUGACUACUGAACAGCAAAGAGCUUUUGAAGAAGUGUUGGUCCUUGCUGACCAGAGGAAAGCAGCAGCAGAAUCGAAGAGAAUUGAAAAGAGUGGUGGCUACGUUUUCCAAAAUCAGACUGUUCCUACCUCUUUCAAUUUUGGCGGCACUCCUCUUUCGUAAAGCCAAAUCACAAAUCUAUCUAUAUUUAAACAAUUGUAUAAAUUAAGUAAAUAAAUUGAAAAAUGAACUUGGGCAAAAAAAAAUUAUCGCUCCCCUCCUCCCUUGCUGCACUUGACUCGUGUCUCAUUUUCUUGUUCCGCAAUUGCUGUGUUGCAACGGACAUAGUGCAGACGUAAAAGAAGAGUUAUCCUCUCCCCAUAUGCAGACUUGGAGCAUAUGAUUCAACAAGAUUUGAAUGCAAUAAUGUGAAUAAUCUAAACAGAUUUUGCUGAUUCCAGACAGUGGUUAUUAUACAGAAGAUUACUGUUGGCUUCUCUGUCUUUGAACCAUAAUGGAUUUAAUAUGAAGAUUUUAUGCAAGUCUUCCUCUAUGUGUUUUGUAUGAAGAAAACCGCUGGGUUCUUAAGUUCUAACACCAUGAUCUGAGGAAAGUGCAAUCUUUGGUAAUUUCCCUUUCGAAGAUCAUAUUAUCAGGGGACAUCACUAUUUUAAACGAAUAAAGAAGUUGCCAUUUGCCAUGUCUCCCAUAGUGUACUUUUCUGAGAAGUGAAGUCGUAUCUUGCUGUGGAGAAACAGCAAGAUUGAUACUGGAUUUAUUUUUUUAUGGAAUACUGUAGUGGAACGGUGAUAACGAAGAAAGGUACAAAUUAAAACCUCGCAAUAAAUUUAAUACGAAAAUAAUUCCUGUGUCUUGAGCGCAUGAAUUCACUUAUUUCUGCCAGUGUUCUAGCUGCCUUUCUUGAGAAUCCAAAGAGAGGGGAGGGACUGCAAUAAUUGUUGUGCCAUUUUUCUUCCAUGAGUUUUGAUAAAUCAGUUUUCUCUCAAAAGUAAAUUCAAAGAAAUUACCUCAAUUUCCCCCAGCUGUGUUCCUUUUCAGUUUUGUUUUUUAUUCAACUCUUCUAAAUCUAGCAAUAAUAUAUGUAUAUAUAUUUUACAUUGACCUUUAUUGCUUGCAUAUGAUGCUGAAUCUGGUAGAAUACAGCUCCAUUAGCAUGUCAAAGACAUGUUGAGAGUUUUUUUUUUUUUUUUAAUUCGUUUCAUAGAUUUAAUGUUGUAAAAUUCUUCAGAAAAUGUUUUUGUAGCUCUAAAAUACAUAUGACCUGAUAGAACAUUACUCUUAAUAUUUGUGCCUUAAUGAUUUAAAAGAAAGGAAAGGAUGAUUUAUAUAGUUAUUUAUGUGCAUCAUUAUGUGAAGCAUUGUAUGAUAAAUAUUACAUGUGCUUAAUACUUGGGAUGAGAUUUAAUUGAAGAGUUGAAUGGAAAAUAUUCUGUUAUAUAAACAUGAAUGGAUUUCCUUUUAUUAUAAUACUGUUUUUAUGCAUUUUUAAGACACUUUUUGUAUUUAUUGCUCUUAUGUAUUUGUUUUCCCAUUGAUAUAGUUUUGAGCCUGCAGUAGCUUUGGGGAGAGGAGAUAUUGAGUUUGUUUUUGUUAACUAUUUAUUACUUGUUCAUUGUACUUGUCUGUUGUUUCUAAGAAGAAUAGCUGUAUGACAUGAUUGAAUACUUUUAGCUAUGUGUUGCUUUUUUGUUUUGUUGUUUAAUCCUUGGUUAGUGAGGUUUUAAGUGAAUCUAUGUCACUUAUGAAACACUUAAAACAGUUGAUUCCCUAAACUAUGCUGAUAAGAUUUUAAACAUAAUUUGUAAAGAAUGUAAAAACGAGAUUUUGUAUCCUUAAAUAUCCUUUGUAUAAUUAAAAAUGAACUUUUGUUGAUAAAUAAACAAAUUAUUAUUAAAUGCAAAGCUUCACUGGGCAGCAUGUAGAAUUUAGUGAAAUUGUUUUAUUUGAAUUUAUAAUUCUUAGCAUUAUUAUUUUUUCUUUUUUAUCCCCCUCUGCUGUUCUCUAAACACUUCAAAUUAUUUAUCAUUUUGAAACUAAAUUCUUAAUGCAUGGAAAGGGGUGAGAAAGGAAAGUUAGCUCAAUAAUUGCUUUCCUUUUGAGGGGGAAAAAAAAUAAUUGCUUUUAAUCCAGCAAAGACUUUAUACUAAAUAUUGGUAUCUUCAUAAAUUUUUGCCUUUUAUAAUAAAGGAAGCUUUGUGUUUUGAAAAAUUUAACUUAGGAACAUUGAAAGGAUUUAUUGAUAUGAUUUUGUCUAUAUGUGCAUGGGGGGAGAAUGUUUUUUCUUUUCUGUCCAAAAUAAUGAAGCAUAUCUGACAAUAGUUUAAAAAUGUCUAUCUAAUUAUAAAAAAAUAUUUCCAUUUCAUGUCUCUUUUUCUGUUUCAUCAUGCCAUUUGAGUUGAUUUCCUAGAGCCAAGUGUUGUUAUUUUUUUCCCCUCCUUUCAACUCUUCUUUGUAGCGACCUUGUCAACAAUAGUGUCUUAUUUCAGAAGCAAUGCAUGCUGAUGUGGUGUGAUAAUAUUGUACAGAAUAAAAUAUAAGUGCUAGCAUUAAAUAUUUUUGUAUCAAGUAGAAGAA